CGGCGGAUGGGGUAGUGGCCACGGAACUGCAGCCAGAGGGUGAAGUCGGUGGCGAGUCGGAGGGCGACUUUGGGCAGCUGCUGGAAGAGGAGGAGGAUGUGGAGGACGCCGGCUAUGUGCUCUACAGAAGCAUUGAAAAGAAACAAAAAAUGUAUUAACAGGGACAGGAAGGAAUGGGCAGAUAUUGAACCAAUCCCUCAAAAUGAUGGGCCAAAUCCUGUUGUUCAAAUCAUCUACAGUGAAAAAUUUCGAGAUGUCUAUGAUUACUUCCGGGCUGUUCUCCAGCGGGAUGAACGAAGUGAAAGAGCCUUCAAACUAACAGCAGAUGCCAUCGAGUUAAAUGCUGCAAACUACACAGUAUGGCAUUUCCGGAGAGUCCUCCUGCAGUCCUUGGGAAAGGAUCUCCAUGAGGAACUGAAGUAUAUUACAGCUAUCAUUGAAGAUCAGCCAAAGAACUAUCAAGUCUGGCAUCACAGACGGGUGUUGGUGGAGUGGCUGCAGGAUCCAUCCCAAGAGCUUGAGUUCAUAGCUGACAUUCUUAACCAGGAUGCCAAAAAUUACCAUGCUUGGCAACACAGACAGUGGGUUAUUCAGGAGUUCAAGUUAUGGGACAAUGAACUGGAAUAUGUAGACCAGCUUUUGAGGGAAGAUGUGAGAAACAACUCUGUUUGGAACCAGCGGCACUUUGUAAUCUUCAACACUACAGGCUAUGAUGAUCCAGCAGUUCUAGACAGAGAAGUCCAAUACACUCUUGAGAUGAUCACUGCAGUACCACAUAAUGAGAGUGCUUGGAACUAUUUAAAAGGGAUUCUACAGGAUCGUGGUCUUUCUCAGUAUCCAAAUCUGUUAGAGCAACUGUUGAACUUACAGCCUAGCCACAGUUCACCUUAUCUGAUUGCAUUUCUUGUGGACAUGUAUGAAGAUAUGCUUGAAAACCAGUGUGAUAACAAGGAAGAAACACUAAACAAGGCAUUAGAGUUGUGUGAAAUUCUGGCUAAAGAAAAAGACACCAUCCGAAAGGAAUACUGGAGAUACAUUGGAAGGUCCCUUAAAAACAAGCACAGCUCAGCCACUGAACAGGGCACACUGACAGACAAGCAGCAGUAACUGAACAUGGAAGAAAACAGUGUUAAGUUCUCAAGCUGUUCUAAAGCAGUGCUAAGCAGAGUUAUCAGCUAGUUUAAAAUACAGAGUAAUAUUUAUAGUCUGGUGAAGACAUACUGCAAUAAAAGAGGAGUGCAGAGUGCUGUAUAGUCUUCAGGUCGCUGCUGCUACUGGUGAUAUCUUUAGAUGCAGUCAGGAAAUAUAUUAAAGCUUAAUUAUUGAAAUGUACUACAUAAAGGUUGUAUUUCCUAGUUAUAGAUACAUAAUAACAUUAAUAGCCAUCUAUGGAAGUGUUCGAGGGUGGGUUGGAUGGGGCUUUGGGCAUCUUGGUCUAAUGAGAGGUAUCCCCCCCUCCAUGGCAGGAGGGCUGUAAUUAGAUGAUCGUUUAAGGUCCCUUCCAACCCAAGCCAUUCUAUGGUUCUAUGAUAAAGCUAUACCUGAUACUUACAAGGCAAUAAACCAAUUUCUUAUGCCGUGGCUUAACCACUCCUGGUUCCUAACAGUCACACCAGAUGGUGCAGUAAUAACUGCAGGUAACUUAGUUGUAGUAGAUAUGAAGUGACCUGUUUCUGGUUAGUGCAGUUGUUGCCUCACAUAGGAGCAGCUAUGCAACACUGACAGCCCAUGCUAUUGUAUGCAGUUAACACCAAGUGUCAUUUUGUAAUAAAAAAAAGAUAACAAAGUGUUUUUCUGAAUUUUUUUGGUGUAUGUCUUGUGGUGUUUAGAUGUGCAUAGUUUGUUCUUCUCAUAUGCUAAUAGGGGUUAAAAUAUCUCCUAUUAGGGGGAUUCUAUUGCACUGUGGUGUCUUUUGCACUGGAGUAUUAUCAUCCUAGAAACUUUCAAUACACCUUAUGUAUUCAGUGGAGCCUUGAAUUUUUAUCUGCACAGUCAGGAAAAAUUCUGUAAGGACCCCAGGAGAUCUGCUUAUUUAUUGGGAUUCUGUUCACCCAGCUGAAAAUCUGAUUUAUCUAUUUUCACCCGUUGUAACCAAACCAAGCUGAAGUCAUAGUUCGUAACAGAUAACAACUUGUUAUGUUGCAUAUCUUCACUGAAGUGGAAAGGAAGGAAUGGUUUUAUUGGGAACCUAUAAAUGUCAUAACCUUGUUGCUCCUAUAGGCUUUCCGUAUAUCUUUCAUGCAUAUAUUGAGCAAAGAAUUACUUUUCCUCCCCUUUGUGAAAGACAGAAGGCACCUGCAGUACAGAAUUCAAAGGAUGCAUAUACCUGUACAAGAAAACUGUAUCUGCUCUAUUCUCAGUAAAUGAGUAUUGUAAACUGUGUUCUUAGAGUGCUUGUCUGUUAUGAAGUAUUUUUUUGGAGAUGGUCAUAAAAGGAACAAAUAAAUACUAGUAUUUAUUCCAUAAUA